AUGGAGAGGGGCGUGGGCACCAAAGCAGGUGUGUACGACGAGACGCUCAUCCUCGACGACACCCGUGUUCCGUGGCUAAGCAAGAUUUUGGGACUGCAUGCAGAUGCACGGCUCAAAAAGGACGAAGCUGCGAACCUGUGGCCUUUCACGGCGGCAGAGUACCUGAGGAUCUGGAGGCGCUGCGUGAAGUCGCUGGGGAUCGAAGAAGUUGCGACGAGCCCCUACCAGAAUCGGCACGGAGGCGCCUCCAGGGACCACUUGCUGAAGCUCCGGUCAGUGCAGGCCAUACAGAGACGAGGCAGGUGGGCGGUAGAUGCGAGUGCCCGCAUCUACGACAAGCCGGGGCGGCUUCAGCAGAUCAUCAACCGCUUCAGUUCCAAGUGGGAAAUCUUCGGGGAGAAUGUGAGAGAGCACUUUCCCCGCUACUUCCACACUGGUACCUGCCCUCUGCCUGUAGAGCUGAGACGGUCAUGGGAGAAGGCUUCGCAGGAAAAGCGUUCCUGA